AGCAAGGACAUGAAGAUCAAGUCUUUGGAGGAAAUCUAUCUUUUCUCCCUUCCUAUUAAGAAAUCUGAGAUCAUAGAUUUCUUCCUGGGGUCUUCAUUGAAGGAUGAGGUUCUGAAGAUCAAGUCUGUUCAGAAACAAACUACAGCUGGACAAUGUACCAGGUUCAAGGCUUUUGUAGCCAUUGGUGACUACAAUGGCCAUGUUGGCUUGAGUGUCAAGUGCUCCAAGGAAGUAGCCACAGCUAUUCGUGGUGCUAUCAUUCUGGCCAAGCUGCCCAUAGCUCCUGUGAGACAUGGCUACUGGGGGAACAAGAUUGGCAAGCCUCACAUAGUACCCUGCAAGGUCACUGGUACUGGCAUUGUCUUGGCUCCUCUGCCUAAGAAGCGCCUGAUGGUGGCUGGAAUUGAUGACUGCUACACUUCUGCAAGGGGCUGUACUGCCACUCUGGGCAACUUUGCUAAAGCUACCUUCAAUGCCAUCUCUGAAACAUACAGCUACCUAACUCCAGACCUGUGGAAGGAGACUGUGUUUACUAAGUCUCCCUAUCAGGAAUUCACUGACCAUCUUGUGAAGACUCACACAUGGGUGUCUGUCCAGAGGACCCAGGCAACUGCUGUGGCAACCACAUAA